AUGGCUCCAGGGCUCCUGACAACCAGGGAUAAGACAGUAAUAGCUUUCAGAGAUGUAGCUGUGGCCUUCACAGAGAGAGAGUGGAAGCUGUUAAGUCCUGCCCAGAGGAUCCUGUAUCAGGAUGUAACGCUGGAGACCUACAGCCAUUUGGUGUCGCUAGGAAUUGCCUUUUCCAAACCAAAAUUCAUCACACAACUGGAGCAAGGGGACGAGCCCUGGCGAGAAGAGAGCGAAUGCCUUCGGGAACUCUGUCCAGAACCAAGGACAGAAUUCCAGCCUAAUCUCUCCUGCCUGGCGGCCUUUUCUAGUCCGCAGUUCCUCAGACAACAAGUGCUGUGUGGCCGCUCCCCUGAGAUUUCCCCAGGCUCUUCUGUAGGAAGUCACUUCCCACUGGACGCUCCAAGCUGCUUGAGAGAAAAAGCAGAAGAUGGAGAGAGCGAAGGCUCUGGCACCGUGGUCAGGAGGCUGCAGCUAAAUGGGACUUCUAACAUAUUCUUUGGCCCAUUUCAAGGUCAGCCAGUACACAGGGUGGAAGGCAACAGAGGUGAAGGAACAGACCAGGAGAUGAAUCCUGAGGGGUCAGACAUGUUGACAGGGGCAGACUGCUCAGCAUCUGGAGCAGUCAUGUAUGAAAAAUAUACACAAGGACGCAGCACAAACGCAAGCCUGGUUCGCCUCCAGAAGCAUCAUGCAUGCCCUGAAUGUGGCCGAGGUUUCUGCCAGAGGUCAGACCUCCUCAAGCACCAGAGGAUGCACACAGGGGAGAAGCCUCACAGUUGUGGGGAGUGUGGACGAGGCUUUGGCUGGAAGUCCUCCCUCACCACACACCAGAGGAAACACUCGGGGGAGACGUACCCGUGCAGGGAAUGUGGGCGACACUUCAGGUAUACGUCCUCGCUCACUAACCACAAGAGGAUACACUCCGGAGAGAGACCCUUUUUCUGUCAGGAGAGUGGGAGAGGCUUUCGUCAGAAGAUCGCCCUUGUCCUGCACCAGAGGACACACUUGGAGGAGAAGCCCUUCCUAUGUCCUGAGUGUGGGAGAGGCUUUUGCCAGAAGGCAUGGCUCCUGCAACACCAGAGCUCACAUUCUGGUGAGAGGCCCUUCUUGUGCCUGGAGUGCGGGCGUGGUUUCAGGCAGCAGUCCCUGCUCCUCAUUCACCAGGUCACACACUCCGGGGAGAAGCCUUAUGUCUGUGCUGACUGUGGCCACGGCUUUCACCAGAAUGCCACCCUCAUCAGACACCAGAGGACGCACACAGGGGAAAAGCCUUACCUGUGCUCUGAGUUCGGGCGUGGCUUUCAGCAGAAGGUCGCCCUCAUAGGACACCAGAGGCCUCACACUGGAGGGAAGCCCUAUGUGUGCCCUGAGUGUGGGCGGGGCUUUGGUCAGAAGGUUACCCUCAUCAGACACCAGAGGACACACACAGGGGACAAGCCUUACUUGUGCUCCCAGUGUGGCCGCACGUUUGGCUUCAAGUCACUUCUCACCAGACACCAGAGGACACACUUAGGGGAGGGUUCUGAUGGGUAUGGAGUGUGUGAGCAAAGACCUAGCCAGAAAUCUGACCUCACCUCUGACCAAAGCACACACUCAGGAGAGAAGCCAUGCGUGCGUGGGGAGUGUGGGCGGGGCUUUAGCCAGAAGUCUCACCUCCACAGACAGAGGACCACGUCGGCCAUCACUCCCUCCCAAAAGAGCUGUUCUCCUGACCUUUCUUUUCCUUUUGCCCUCCGUGCGCGGACGGUAGAAGUCACUAGGAAAUGUCCCCCUGUUCUCCAUUGCAGUGGAGAAAAAGUACUGCAUUCUUUCAGUGAUAAGAGAGUUGGUUUAUGUUUUCCUUCCUGCACUAGGAAUGUGUGCUAA